AAGAAGAAGGAAGCCGGCGAGAGCAACAGCAGUAGAUUUAGAUUUGAGUGUGAAUGUGCUUCACACUGCGAGCAAAACUAUCUGUUUCGGAAAAUUGAGCUAGUACUUUGAUUUCUGCACGAAUUAAUAACUACCCAAGUAUAGGAUUCAGCUGUAGUUUAGAUUCAACCCCCAUUACCAUCGGCGUUACCAGAAACCGAGGUUACUGGCCGCAUUUUGUGUUUCUUUUUCCUUCAAGAGGUGUCAUCGUACCACACAUCAAAAUGCUUGCUACAACUCGUACACGGCGCAGCAAUGCAGGGGCUGGGAUGGCUAAACUGCUGGAAGAUAUUCAGGAAGAUGAGUUCUAUAAAUCUACCUAUGGCGGUUUUGAGGAGUCAGAGGAGGACAAUGACUUUAAUUCUGGUGAUGAGAAAGAAGUCGAAGAUGAUGUUGAUUCUGACUUCAGUAUCGAAGAGAAAGACGAGCCGAUAUCAGAUCAUGAAGAUGAAGGUCCUAAGAGACAAAAGAAAGUAGUUACAAAAGCUUAUAAGGAACCCAAACCAGCCCCACCGCCAGGAGCUGUAGAGAAAAAGCCUCGGGAACCCAAAAAACGCAAGCCUAAAAUGACAGCUGAUAUGUAUGAGAGAAAGUCUAUCCGAAAAUCUACUGUUAAAAAGUCUGAAGAAACUCAAUUGCGAGUUAAAAAACGGAAGGAGGAGGGUCCCCGGAAGCAUCGCAGAAAUAGAGAGUACUUUUAUGAGCCAACACAAGAAGAAAAGCUUGCCGAAGCAAUGGUUACAGAGGAAGAAAAUCUUAAAUCUUUAGAGAAAUAUCAAAAGAUGGAAUUAGAAAAGAAGAAAACACGAGGUGUGAAAAAGGGCAUUACUGGCCCAACUAUUCGGUACCUGUCUGUAGCGAUGCCAGUUCUAGAAGACUUGCCAAUUAGUGAUAAUGGGCUGACCAAUGAUGAAAAAAUAAAUGUGGAUGACACCUCUGAUGAUGUUUCCAUGUCUGAAAAUCCGAAUGAACUCUCUCCUACCAGAGAGCAGGAUGAAAAGAAAAGGGAAGAAGGGCAGGCAGCAGAAUCUUCACAGUCAAAACCUUAUCCUCUCUGUGAAAGAACAUUCCUUACAUUCAGUGAUGAAAGUACUUUCCGGAGAGCUUUCCGAUUAAGGCGAAGGAGACAGCCACAACGCAGCUAUUGCCUUAUCACAAGACAAAGGGCAAAGUACAAGGACCCAGCAACACUUGCGCCAUUCUGCAACACAUCGACAUUCCGUGUAUUGCGAGAUGUUCUUGCUCUCCAUUUGGAACAGAGACCCAACAACGAUCCAGAGACAGUUCAGUGGUUGGAAUACAAGCGAAAAGAAAGAGAAGCUCGUCAAGCAGCAGCUCAGCAGCUUGCUUGUAAAGUUCGUCUGACGCCUAGUAUGCAGGCUGUACAUGCCCUACAAGCUGUGCAGUCCCAGAGUAGUAGUGCUGCUGCCUCUUCUGCAUAGCAUGUGUACAUUUUGUCCAUUUUAUAAUUCUAUUUUACUAGCAUUAGUUAGUUUUAUGUUUUCCUACUUACUGUGAUAUUCAAGGACACUGAAUCUGUAAUCAAUUUUAACUCUGUAUGUUGUUGCCUAAAAUUGUUUGGGCAUCUGAUGUCACUUCUAAUUGACUGAGCUGCUGCUUUGCUGUAUUGAUUUUCUUUUUCUAGAAAGAGUGACUGAAUAUGUAAUUUAAUGAGUGCUGUCUAGCAAGAACUCAUCAAUAUUUAAUUGUUCUACCUCAGUGAAUGUAUUUAACUUUGGUCUGUACAAUAUUAUUGUAUUUUAGAGUAAUUAAAUUGAUGAAAAAGAUUUGUAAUUGUUUGUGUAACAUUAAAAUCAAUGAACUAACUAUU